AUGGCAGCGUUAACUCGUGGUGAGAGAGAGCUGCGGGAACGGCUCGAUACUUAUGAAAGGGAGGGUGGAAUGCCACUUGAAGUACUUCAGCGCCUUUUAAAUGAAUCGGAUAUACCACCUGCAAGAACAAAACGUUUUUUUAGGAAAGCUGAUAUUAAUUGUGAUCGACGCGUUAACUACGAUGAGUUUUUACGACAGAUUAUGUUUGAGGAUAGCGCUUUUCUGCAAAAGCUGGCAUUUGGGUCGAUUGCACUUAACAAGGCAGUCAUUGCUGUUGCUCCUCAAACAGCUCGUCGUAAGCAGAGGCAACAGAUGCAGAAAAAUGGCAUUGACGAAACCGAUUUAUAUAAUUGGGGUGAAGCAGAUGUCAAUAAUUACAUUGAAGCCUACGACUGUCGUCCACCUCCUAUUUUCAUUCCUUUAAUUACAUUUGCUCAGAUAGCCGUAUUCACCUACUACGCAAUCAUAGCAGGGUACGAUACUGACCCCUUCAAUGAUGUCACUGCCUCCUCCGGUGUGCCCUUUAACAGUCCCCUGAUCUACCUCCCACAAAAGCGCUACCAGGCUUGGCGUUUCCUUUCAUACAUGUUCAUACACAAUGGCUACGUCCACCUCAUUUUCAACUGCGUUCUUCAACUGGCACUGGGCACGCUGCUCGAGCUGGUACACAAAUUUUGGCGUGUCGGUAUUGUCUACCUCCUCGGUGUUAUUGCCGGCUCCCUGGCGCAUUCAGUCAGCGAUCCCUUCGUCGCCUUGGCUGGGGCUAGUGGUGGCUGCUACGCUCUCAUUGGUGCUCAUGUUGCUACUAUUAUCACAUCUACUUUUGUUCAGAACUGGAAGACAAUGCAAACUGGGUGGCUGAAAAAUCCCAUGAAUUUCCUCUCUAGUGGAGCUGUCCGUCUGACCUUCAUCCUCCUCCUUGCCGGCGCAGACACCGGGUUCGCCAUCUACGAGCGAUUUACAAAUCCCACUACCGCAAAAGUUGGAUUUGUUGCCCACUUGGGUGGAUUUGCCGCCGGUGUACUCGUUGGCAUUCCAGUGCUACGAAAUUUGGAGGUUGAGAGGUGGGAAAAAGUGUGCUUUUGGGUAUGCAUUUUCCUCUUCGCGGCAUUCAUGUCUGCUGCGGUGCUGUUCAAUGGCUUCUGCGAGGAGCAGGGGUGGUGUCCUCCCACGGAUUGGAGUUAG